AUGUCGAAAGCAACAUCCAUCGCCCUCGUCGCGGCUCUAGGCGCGGGAGGAGGCGCCGCCGUCACAGCAGCCAUGUACGGCCUCCGGUCCAAGCAGCCCGCCACCGACGCGCCCAUGACCGCCGCGCCCUCAACAAACGCCUUCACCACCGCUCCCACCGUCCCCGUCCCGGGCUCCCAAAUCUUCGACAACAAAGCAAACCCCAACGCACCCCUGCCGUCGGCGCCCCCGCCAAUUCCCGGCGCCAUCCCCGGCGCCAUUGUCGACCCCGCCGGCCUCUUCCAGUACGGCUUCCCCGGCCCCGUCGCCGACCUCGCGCCCCGCGAGGGCCUCAUCUCGAGCUUCGACCGCCGCACACGCAACCCCCACUGGGUCGUCGAGCACAUCACCCCCGCCUCCCUCGCCCAGAAGGGCGGCGAUCGCAAGGGCAGCACCUUCCUCGAGGACCCCUCCGUCCCCGAAAAGUUCCAGGCCAAGCUCAAGGACUACUUCCGCAGCGGCUACGACCGCGGCCACCAGGUUCCCGCCGCCGACUGCAAGUGGUCCCAGCGCGCCAUGGACGACACCUUCUACCUCACAAACAUGUGCCCCCAGGUCGGCGACGGCUUCAACCGCGACUACUGGGCCCACUUUGAGGACUUCUGCCGCCGCCUGACGUCGCGCUACCCCUCCGUCCGCAUCGUUACCGGCCCCCUGUACCUCCCGAAGCGCGACCCCGUCGACGGCAAGUGGUACACAAAGUACGAGGUCAUCGGCAACCCGCCCAACGUCGCCGUGCCGACGCACUUUUACAAGGUCAUCUUCGCGGAGGACGGCAAGGCCGGCGGCAACGUCGCCAUCGGCGCCUUCGUUAUGCCCAACGCUGUGAUCCCCAACGAGAAGCCGCUCUCCGACUUCGAGAUGCCGUUGGAGGCCGUCGAGCGUGCUGCCGGUCUGGAGUUUGCGUCAAAGCUGGCUCCGCAGCGUCGCAGGAGGCUGUGUAGCGAGGCGUCGUGCGCCAUCAUCGUGAGGGACUACGCCGACAGGCAGAAGGCCUUCACCAAGAAAUAA